AUGCCGAGCAGGCAACAAGCCUCACACCACGGCCAGCCACCCCAAGGUGUCGUGCAUGGUGAACGCGUCCAUUGGCGAGCUGAGGGAGCGCAGAGGGUCGUCGCUGCUGGCAUGCGGGAAGAAAAACAGAGGAGGGAGCAUUACGUCACGCAGAGAGGUGUGAAGAAGGCCAACGGAGACAAGAAUGCAGCCGAGAAGUCCGCAAGCACCAGGUAUACUUACAAGAAGUCCACGACGAAGUCUCUCAAGAAGGGGGCGGCCAAGAAGGCCGAACCAGCAAAGAAGCCAAUGGCCGAGGAGAAGGUGUCGCUGCCCAAGAAACCCAAGAAGCCGGCGGCCAAGAAACCGGUCACUCCCAAGAAGACACCCAAGAACUAA